CUCUCUCGUCUUCAGGGUCUCAGUCCGUCGCUCCUCGGCCUCGAUGCUUCAUCGUCUCCUCCUCUGCCGUCUCAGCGUGCUGGAGGACGAGGACGAGAACGCCGCUGCCAUCGCCAAGGAAACGCUGGCCGCUCUGGCGAUCGAAGGCGCCAACGACCGGCGAGACGACGUGGAAGCGCCCGGACGGACCCGCCCGUCGCCAACCAGGGAGGAGGAGGAGGAGGAGGAGGAAAGAGGAGGAGGAGAGGAGGAGGAGGACAAAGGGAGGAAGAAGAAGCGGCGGCGGGUCUGGUCGGAGUGUGAGGAGUGCGGCCGGCGGUUCAGUCGGAUGUCUCUCCUGAAGGCUCACCGUCAGACUCACGUGGCAGAGAACGCGGCGGCCGACACGUCGUCGCCCUCGUCUCCGCCCGCCGGCAGCGCCUCGGCGUUACGCUGUUCGGACUGCGGGAAGAGGUUCUCCUCGGCGACCCGCCUCCACAGCCACGUCCGGACCCAGCAUCCCGGGACCCGGACCUGAACCGGUCCCGAACCCGGCGGGACCUGAGCCGGGUCACCUGGGCUGAACUGGAAACGGGAUCAACGGAGCUUCAACAGAGUCCAACAAAAACCAGACCGGGUCCACAGAGCAGAACCAGAACCAGAGGAGGAUCCACACACCUGAGACCAGAACCAGACACAUUAGUGCUAUUUUUAAUCAUGUAGUUUAUUAAACACCAGAGAAAGAUAGAAACUACUUUAUAUCAUGACUCAGCUGAGUAAACUGGACAUUAUUAACAUAUUAAUAUUAUUAUUAUUAUUAUUAAUAACAUUAUUAUAUAUUAUUAUUAUUAUAUUAUUAAU